AUGAUUGCGAAAUUGGUAAAGCAUCAGGCCACACAGAGGCACAGUGAGGCAUGGGCUGAUGGAUUGAGAUACAGGACUCCUAAUCUCAGUUUAAUGAGUGGAAUCCGAAGAAUAAGUCUCAACUCCAACCCUAUGAUAAGUGAUGAAGGAGCUGAAGCUUUUGCUGAUGCGUUAAAAGAUGAUCUUUGGUUGAAAGCUUUGGAUUUGCAACACUGUGGGAUAAGCUCGGAAGGAGCUGACAAGAUUAUGUCGACUAUAAAACACAACAAUACAAUUGUGGUCCUUGAUAUCAGAGGAAACCCUAUGGUUGAUACUGGGACCUUAAGAAAGGUUCUGGGUAAAGUUUUAAUGAAUGUAAAUGGAAAUGAUGAAAACGAUUACCCCUGGGUGAAGGAAGAGCCCCCUAAAGACCCCUACAGGACAGGAAAACCAAGACGCCCCACUAGGAAUAUAAGCAGAAGCUUCACCAAAAAACAAACCCAGAAAAGUUUGAAGCAAGCAGCAGGAGAGGAAGGAGUACCGGAUGUUUAUCCUCCAGGACAUAAAAGUUUUGUUCCUUGGAGGACUGCAGUGAGAGCUUCCCAACAUAAGCUGGGAUUCUGUGAUAAGAGUGAUGAGGAAGAGGAUCUGGAUGAAUCCUCCGAAGUCCUCCGAGUGAUGCAGGAGUCCUCCAAGCCAUCUUUUGUGGAUACAACGUUCUCUGUUACUGGAGGUGGGGAUCAGAAUCCAAUUGAUCAAUCUUUAUUGACAAAGAGAGAGUGUGAAGAGUAUAUCAAGAGGCUCAAGAUUGAUCUUCUGGAUGCUAAAAGAAGACUUUCAAUGUCGCAAGAAAGCGAGAAAAAAUUAAACAACAAAAUCAUGAGUCUUGAGGUGGAAAAUUCAAGAUUACGUCACGAUUUAAAAACAAGCUUUGAAAAUAGUAGGAUGAGGUCUCAGAUUGAAGAAGAGGGUCUUCUUGAUAGUAUUGAGACUUCCUUUAAUAAGUUUCAUGAGUUUUUGAACACUUUAAAUGAUGUUGGUUUAGGCUCAUUGGCCACUGCUGCUGGGUUAGAUGAUUUAACCAAAAAUAUGCCAAAAAAUACAGCAGAUAAAAUGUAUCAGCAUACUGGAAAAGGUGAUGAAACUUCGAAAGAGACUUUACCUCUUAAAAAUCCUAUUUUGAUUGAAGGGUCAAAGUUAGAUGGCAAAGAAAAUGGGAAUGCAGCUAAAACUAAAAUACCCAGUGAAACCCAACCUGCAGAAAAGGACAAAAACACAAAAUCAAAAGCUUCGGAUAUGUCUACCCACACUGAUCCUAGUAACUUAUCUCGUACUGAUUUAUCCUCUUCUGUGGGGUCUAACUUCUAG